UAUGUGAUCUCCUGUCACAGCCUGAGGAACAAGUGAUGACGUCAUCAGCAGUGGCCCGGCUGGAGGAGCUGAGGGAUGGGGCCGUGGCCUUCCUGGCCACGGGCUCCACUCAGGAAGUCCGCCCGGCGGUGGAAGAGAUGGCCUCCCUGCCCCUCCCCCUGGCCGUGAAGUACAGCCAGAUCAGCGCAGAGGCGAUGGUUCGAGAGAACUGUGCCGGGGCCAACCACACGGAGCGGCUGUCCUCUCUCCAGAAGCUCUCCACGGCUCUCAACAUCCUGGAGAAGUACGGCUGUAACCUGGUCAGCCCCAGCCGGCCGCGCUACUGGAGGACUGUCAAGCACAACAACCCUGUGUUCAGAGCCACCGUGGACUCCAUCCAGGGGGGGCGGGCGGUGCUGUAUCUCUACGGCUACGCCAACCAGCAGGCGGACGGCCUCAGCUUCCCAGAUGACGUGCUCGAACCCGACACCCAGAAAGUGGCUGCUGUGACCUUAGAGGUCAUGUGCCUCCGCCUGGAGCUCGACCUCCUUAUCAAGCGGGUGGGGCAACACGCUGGCGGUGGAGGGGAUCCCUCCCACCUGUACGGCACGGUGGGAGGAGCGACGAGGGAGACGCUACAGAAGUGUGACUGUGUUUAUCACUCUUCCUUCCCUGUGGCCCGACCCCCUCAGGCGUGGGCGGAGUUCAAGGGGAAGCUGAGGGCGGGGCAGAAGGACGACCCCGCCUGCUGGAAGACCCGCCUCCGCUGCGCGCUCAACAAGAGCCCGGAGUUCAGCGAGGUCAGAGACCGCUCGCAGCUGGACAUCUCCGAGCCCUACAAGGUGUACCGCCUCGUGCCCCUACAGGUCUGUUCGCCGAUGGACGAGCUUGUCUGUGCAGACGAGGGAAUCCUGGUUAACUGUGCUCUGUCUCCUGCAGCAGUCAACGAGAUCGAGGUGAACUUCAGGAUUGAGACCUCCCCGCACAUCACAGCUCUGCCCUCUCUCCUGGUCUCUGUGCUGUAUGGAGGUGAGGAGGUCCUGAGGAGGGAGGUCCAGAGUCGCGACGUGAGGAUCGCCUACUCCCCCUCCCACUGCCCCUCUUCCCCUCCCAGCUCGCUGGCGCCCUUGGCCGUCUCGGACACGGAGCGCAUCUCUCUCCCAGAGCCCAGUGCGGUAGAAGACCCGUCGCGCCGCAGCGCGCUGAUGGCCCUGCUGCCCUACCUGGAGAGGGGCAUCAUGCUGGCUUCCACCAAUGGGGGCAUCCACGUGCAGAGGUUCUGCCAGGGGCGGGUCUUCUGGACAGGCCCCACCCUCCACAUGGAGAACCACGCCCCCCGGAAACUGGAGAGGACGCCAAACCCAGUGACGCUGUUCGACAGACAGGCCUUCCGGCAGGAGCUGGAGCUGUUCCGCUCAGAGGGAGGAAGCCCUCCUCAGUACAAGGUGACACUGUGCUUUGGGGAAGAGCUUACAGACUCUGACAACUGUGCUGACAAGCUCAUCACUGUGCAGGUACCUGUCUGUGGGUAGUGGACCCUCUCAGUCUUUCUGAUUCACCCCUCUCUCUCAGUGCAGUGUUAAUGUACUGGAG